AUGGUCGAAGUUACAACAGAGCAGGGAAAAUUGGAGGGAGUCAAAGUGAAAACUGUCACAGACAACUGCGAAUAUUACAGUUUUAAGGGGAUUCCAUAUGCAGAACCUCCAAUUGGAAAAUUAAGGUUUUUGGAGGCCCAACCUAUAAAACCAUGGACUGGAACCAGAAAAGCCACAGAACACGGACCGAUCAGCCCACAAUUUGACAUUUUUGCAAAUGAGAAAAAAGCUGGGAACGAAGACUGUCUUUAUCUCAACGUUUACUCUCCAGAUAUUUCACCAAAGACUCCCCUUCCCGUGAUGGUAUUUAUACAUGGAGGGGGAUUAAAAUGUGGUUCAGGUAAUGACGACCACUAUGGACCCGACUUUCUAGUUAGUCACGGUGUUAUCUUAGUAACCAUGAACUAUAGAUUGGAUGUCUUUGGUUUUCUAUGCCUAGACACGAAAGAAGUUCCAGGAAACGCUGGAUUUAAAGAUCAAGUCUUAGCAUUAAAAUGGAUUAAACAGAAUAUUCGGAAAUUUGGAGGAGAUCCUAAUAACAUUACACUCUUCGGUGAAAGUGCUGGUGGACUUUCCACUUCUUUACACGUAUUGUCUCCACUAUCUCAAGGUCUCUUUCAAAGAGCUAUCGUAAUGAGUGGUUCCCCAUUUUGUGAGUGGGCCCUAUCAUUUGAACCAAGAAAAAGAGCAUUUGUGCUCGGCAAGCAAUUGGGGUUAGAGACCGAAGAUCCAGAUAAACUAUUGGAGUUCCUUCAAAGUGUCCCAGUUGAAAGUUUGGAAAACACAACGCCAUGCAUAUUAAUAUCUGAACAACAAAGCGACUAUACAAAAUUCUAUCACUUUACUGCAGUUGUGGAAAAAGAAUUAGGUCAAGCGGCGUUUAUAUCUAAAGACCCAGAAGAUAUUGUUAAAAGUGGGAAAAUCAAUAAUGUAGACGUUAUAAUAGGAUACACUAGCAACGAGAUGAUUAUUACCUUAAUAGACCCAAAUAUUAUACCGAGAUAUCAAUUGUAUGAUGAACUUUACUUGCCCCGAAAAAUUGUAUACAAUUCUACGCCGUCGAAAUUCUUGCAGAUCGCGGAUAAAAUUAAAAAGCACUACGGUAUACCGAAUGCUGAAGGAAACACUCUGGUUCAGAGGACUGUUAAAUUUUUGUCGGAUUCCAUUAUGACUUAUCAUAUUCAAAAAUUAUUAACACUGCUGGCUAAUUCAGGGAAAAUUAAAACCUAUUUUUAUCAAUUUUCGUCGCAAUCCGAGAGAAAUGUUAUUGGAAAAUUGGGCAAAGAAUUUGGAAUUCCAGGUACAUCUCAUAUUGACGAUCUGAUGUAUUUAUUCAACGCAAAUAUUUACAACAAUCCAUUAAUCAAAGGCACUAAAAGCUACAAUAUGGUUCAUCAGUUCUGCACCUUAUUUACGAACUUCGCUAAAUAUGGAAAUCCCACUCCUGACGGCUCAAUGGGUGUUACAUGGCCCGAAUACGACACGAUACAUAAGGGUUACUUGGAUAUCGACGAGGAACUGUCAAGUGGAACAGCUCUUCACGAAGAUGUUAUUCAAUUUUGGCAAGAAAUAUAUACCUCAGCUGGCGUUCCUUAUUAG